CGCGCGCGGUGGCUCUGGACGAUGGCACCACUCAUCAGCAUCCAGCCAUCGGACGAAGCUGGGCCGCGGACACGCGGACGGUCGCGCUGCCCCCGCGCCGCCGCCCGGUGCGGUUUGCGACGCUGUACAGUCACGGAAUACGGCGCCCGUGGACGGUAGUCAGCAGGCCGAGAGCGGUGGUGGUUGACAACGGUCCUACAGCACGACGAUGGCGCGCAGCAUGAGGUUGCACGCACACAGCAGAGCGCAGGCGGGGAGUUUCAGAGCUGCGACGGCAGGGUUCAAGCUUGCUCCGGCACGUGGCGCCAUCCCACAGAAUUGGGUGGCCCCCUUCGACCAUCCUUCACGGCUUCACUUCUCCGUCCGCGGCCUGGCAGAGAGUCGAGAGCCAGCGCCGCCGUCGACGCCAUGCGCGGUGCCUCGGCCUUCCGUCGCCCAUCGAAAGACGCUCCUUUCUUCAUGCAAAUGCACUGCGCCCGUCACACGCCGGCCCGCACAUCGGCGCUCCCAACGUGCCGUGAACGGUCAGAACAGCGCGCCCCAAGACGGGCCUGAGGAUGCAAUGUCCGGGAUCAGCUCGAGCGCGCGGCUUCGGCGUCCUGAGGUCGGCGCUUUGAUCUUGGACGAGCGGCCUGCGAGUGCUGCAUCGUGUGUGAAUCAGGGAGAUGCCCAUGACGUACAGAUUCUGCGCAUUAGCCGUCUCCAGCCUCGCCACUCACAAGACGGCGGAACCGCUUUUGCGGCAGCCCCGGUUGGUACCCUAGCAAAAGCGCAGAGAGACACAGAGUCUGUAAAGUCUGAGCUGUCAAGGCAUGCCGCCAGACCCCGCCUCCAGUCCCUCAUCAAUCUUUACUGCUCGACCGCACACAAGACGGAUCACGGAAUCCGCUGGCGUCUUGUCGACGGCCGGCUGGUCACGGCAUUGUUACUCACACCUCACUGAGAGACGGCUCAGAAAUGCAGCAUUGUGCUCCCUGUCGAGCGUCGUGGUGCUUUCACUAAGGUUUCAAUGCUACGACAAACUCUGAUAUGCGACCCUAGCAGUUGGCGCCCGCCAGCAGAUUGGGCCGUCGACGGCAUGCCGCUCUGGAUAUGCGCGCACCAAUCCCUGGGUCAUGCCGGCGGCUUCAGAGUGCAAUGGGUGGCUUCCUCGUAGGCCUCAGAUACGCAGGUCUUCCCACGACGACCACAGUACCGGAACGGCCAGGGUGAAUCCUAGCUGAGGUUGGGUUG